AUGGCGCCAGCAACGCGUAGCCGACAAGCCCCUGGCGUUAAAAAGGCUCCUCCUGCGCGUAAAUCACGCGCGACCCGCUCAAGCAAAAACACUUCCGAGGACUGGACAAUGCAAGAUAACCAAGACAUCGAACAACCACAAGAGAUGGACGAGAACGAUCGGCACGUGGGACACGACUAUAAUGGCAGUCUAGCUAUCGCGAGCGGCGAGCCCGCGGAGCUUGGUUUUGAAGAGGAUGAGCCGAUGGGCACAAUGCAACAAAUGCGCGAGAUGGCCGAGCGAGUGGGCAAAGAGGCAGAGACAUUUGCGCAGAACCUCGACAAAUUGUUGGGCGAGCUGGCCACGCGCAACAAGUACGAAGCUGUGUUGGAUGCCGUCAAGGCUUUCAAGGAAACCGCCCAACGUGCCGCUUUGACGCUGGAGAAAAAACACGAACGCGAGCGAGCGCAGCAGUUGCGCAAGGAGUGGAGUGAGCAGGCCGACAUCCCUUCUCAGUCCUUGCGAUUGAAUACCUCAACCCAGAAUCAGACUGAUCGCUCUAUCUCGGACGCCACUUCGGUACAAAUACAGAAGCUCCGCCAGUGGCAGCAAGAAGCCGAUCUGUGGGAGCUUCUUCGUAUGGUACUUGAGCUCCAUCACAAUCCCGACCAGCAAGCACAACAGCAGCAGAAAGAGCAGACGCUACACCGCCUUGGCCAGGUUCACCGAUACACAAGCGAAGAAGACCUUUGGACGCGCUUUCUGAUCGAAGAUGAUGUCGCUCAAGAGCGUGCUAUGAUCAAGAAGUGGCUUGAAGAGACAGCAGACCACCAGGAGAGCGACAUUCCAAACAUCAUGGAGGAGCUGGAGGCAAAAGCUGGAAGGGGCAAAGGUCUCUGGUCCGACGGAUGGUUGCACACGCGAGAGAAGAUCAAAGGAGAGAAGAGGCUGCGCUCUUGGCCGAGCACUCCUGGCGCUCCUCUACCGCACAUCAAGCGAUCAGACAACAACGAAAUGCUCGUCACAUCCCUAGACCCCGACGCAACUUCGCGACGAGGACGAACGUUGGAGAAGCCAGACGCAUACUUCGAACGCGCGAUGUGGAUUGCUUGCUGGGAGAUGUUGCGACGCGGCAAGUCAUGGGAAGAAGUGAGCCAGUGGUGCAGACGUCACCAUGAAAGUUGGCGUGCGAUUUCCAUGGGCAAAGCUACUAAUCCAGAGGCCGUGCGAUCAAAGGCAGCCUGGCGCAAUGUCUGCUAUCUUGCUUCACAAGCUGGUGCCUCCAGCGAAUAUGAAGCGGCCGUGUACGGGCUUCUGGGCGGAAGUGUCAACGCUGUACAGAAAGUUUGUCGCACCGUCGACGACACUCUCUACGCCUACUACAGCGCCGCAUUGAUUCAGCAAUUCGACCUAUACCUUGCGUCCCAUUACCCUGAUCGGGCGCUGCAAAAUCGCCGUGGGCGCGGAGAAGAUGCGUUCAGGAAUCCAACACAGCAAAUCGUAGAUCUUGUCUUGAGACUUCGAAAGCAGCCUACCACGCGUAAUGAGGCUAUCUUGCCGAUGAAGAUCAUUCAGAGCUACAUGCUUGCGAAUGACUUGGGAAGUAUGGUGCACACCCUCGGCUACGCAAUCGCGUACAUAGAUAGAGAAAACCGAAUCGCGAAUAAGGGAGAGAACGAGGAAAAGGAUGAGGAGGUGAUUAUUCCCCUGGACCCGUUCUGGCCAGGGGAAGGCAAUCAACCAGAAGGUGAAAUUGCUAUGGACCAUCAAGCUCUUCGCAUUGCGGCACUCAUCUCUAUCCUUCUGCGAUGCCUCUCCGAUGAGAUUAUACAAGGUCCUGCCUUGGACGCCGAAGAGAAUGUCAUCAUGGCAUAUAUCCAGAGCUUGCGGUCCGCAGGGAAGUACGAUCUUAUUCCAAUGUACGCUUCCCGACUCAGCGUUGGAAGAUAUGUCGUCUGUUUGAGUCGAAUCCUUGAGGACAUCGAUGAACCAAGCGACCAGCAGACGGUUCUCAAGCUACUAACGGGCUACGGAAUGGACAACAUCAUGAUUCUCAACGAAUCGUUGUUUUGGCUUCUCUCGAAGUACAUCGCUCCUUCGCUCAGAGAGAGAAACACGUUCAAGUUCCUCGAGAAGACAGACGAUACGAGACUGUAUCCGGGCCAACGCAUUAUUGCUGGAGCGCUGCCCAAAUACCCAAUUGUAGGAGACAGCAGCAUUGUGAACGCCUUGCAAUGGUACAACAUGGUCGAGGGACAGUGGAACGAUACAUUCGAGGCCUUAGCCACCGCCCUUCGGAAGUGUCUGGGUAAGUCGCGCUCUUGUGAUUCGAGUGGUCCUUUGCUAACGAGUUUCAGCGGGCGGUCGUAUUUUCUGUGCUAUGCGCAUCGUCAGCGAAUACCCCUUCGAGAAUCUGUCGCUUCGUAAAUCACACCACGUCCUCGGCAAGUCAGUCAACAUGAUGGAGUACGAUGGCCCGCCACCAGCCAACGAACGAAAGAAAUGGGAAACGCUGAGACGGUACUGCCGGUCGUACUACGAGCUGGAGCAAAUCGUCAACGCCAUCAAGGCAUUGUGCGACUGGCGCGAGUUGGAAGCUGACUACACAAGUGGCAAACACUUGAGGAUGUCCGCACCGCCAGAGGAACUCAAGAAAGCCAAAAAGCUCGUGGACUACACAAUGGCUCAAGUUCUGGAGGGAAACAUCCUCCAGCAACCCAUAACGACCGACGAGGCGGCAGACUUCGCAUACAUUCGGGUCGCCUACAUUCCUGAACUCAUCAUUGCUUACAACUCCGUCCUACAUACCGCGGGCUCGCUCAUCUCACGCGACAACCUCAUCGAGUCUAUGGAUCUUUCGGUUACCGUCGCCAAGGAGGAUAACACGCUUGCUGAGUGCAUUACCAAAGCAGGCAGGAUGCGCGAGCUGCUGAAGUCCUUCGCGCAGACGAGUAAGCUCAUGCUCGUCUUGAAGGCGGCCAAAGGUUGGAAGCCGAAGAAGGACAGGGAGGGCAAGGACCUGGGUAUCUGGGAGAUCGGACCGCAUGGCACUGGAAAUGUGGAAGGCCUGGAUGAGGAAGUCUCGCUCUAG